AUGUUUAUGAGUUUGACACCGAGAGAGAGAGAGAGAGUGAUGAUUCAGAAAACAGUGUGCAGUUUCCGUAUCAGAUCAAGCAGCGCGUGCUUCUCUUCCUUACUUGUAUUCCGACGAAACUCUCACUCACAGACUCGCGGUAAUGGCCACCAAGUCGUGGAGAAGAAGCAACACGAGGGGUUGUUUCUGCAAAAGAGCAAAGGCCAGCACCUUCUUACCAACACCAGAAUCCUCGACGCCAUCGUCCGAAGCUCCCAUGUCAGGCCCACCGACACCGUCUUGGAGAUCGGUCCCGGCACUGGCAAUCUCACCAUGAAGCUUCUAGAAGCUGCCCACCACGUCGUCGCCGUCGAGCUAGACAAGCGUAUGGUUGAGAUUCUCCACAAAAGAGUUUGCGACCAUGCUUUCCAACAUAAACUCACUAUUAUUCAGAAAGAUGUACUCAAGACAGACUUCCCUGAGUUUGAUCUCGUGGUUGCUAACAUUCCAUACAACAUAUCUUCCCCUCUGGUGGCGAAGCUCGUCUACGGCUCCAACACCUUCCGCACCGCCACGCUCCUCCUUCAGAAGGAGUUCUCCCGCCGCCUCUUGGCCAACCCCGGCGAUUCUGAUUUCAACAGACUGGCCGUCAACGUGAAGCUUCUGGCUGAUGUCAAACUCCUUAUGGAUGUGAGCAAAAGAGAGUUCGUCCCUCCCCCUAAAGUCGAUUCCUCCGUCGUCAUCAUCACCCCCAAGGAGGUGAAACCUGAUGUUGAUGUUCGAGAAUGGCUGGCCUUCACUCGCACCUGUUUCGGGAAGAAGAAUAAGACGCUUGGUUCCAUGUUUAGGCAGAAGAAGAAGGUCGCGGAGCUGCUGAGUCUGUCCAGAGUUGGGAUUGCUGCGAAUGCAAGUGAUGCUGUUGAAGAAGGAGAAGAGCAAGGCUUGUGUUUGGAUGCAGAUGCGAGUGUGUUCAAGGAGAGGGUGGUUGGGAUUCUGAGAUCGAAUGGGUUUGAAGACAAGAGACCGUCGAAGCUUUCUCAUGGUGAGUUAUUGCGUUUGCUUGCUUUGUUUAACCAAGCUGGCAUCUCUUUCCAUUCCUUACCUAUUAUGGAUCUACACGAUUAUUGAUCCCCAAGUUUUGUUUUAACUAGCGUUACCAAAAGCGCGCCAAUACUUUUAAAUUGACCAAAACAUGUUUAUCUA